UGACCUGUAGUUUGAGACCUGCACCUGCGACUGAACUGAAGCAGAGGGACGUCUAGAAGUUUCUCUCUGUGCCGCACGCGCCUCCUUUAAAACGGUUUACAGGUAACCGGCUCAGCCCGGGAUAAUCCCUAACCCAGAGCUCAUAGCGGUGAAUUUCUACACCGAGCACGGGGAAACUAUUUACACCAAACCGUAUAUUUGAAAAUAAUAAUAAUAAUAAUUUAUUAUUAAUGGCGUCAUGUUUUUAUAGGACUUUACCUUCAGAGGUUGAUCAUGUCACCUGUACAGGUAGCUAACGGUAAAGUCACCUCAGGUGAAGUACUUCGGCGGAAACACUGUGGAAAGAUUAUCCGUUAGCGGUUUUAUUUCAUUUUAUUUCAUUGAUAUGAAGUAGACGAACGGAUUUAUUUUUUUUUUGUAUGAGUCGUGAAAAAGAAGAGGAUAAAAGAGGGCCAGGUUGCUCAGCUAACAGGUGAAAGAGAAAAUAUUUGUCGUGAUUGAAGUGAGGAAAUGGACUUGGUGCCCAAAGAUGGGGCUGCAGGGGGGCCCGCGGGGGAGCUCCAGAGGUCAGACACCCUCAACUCCACAUGUUCGGCUGGCGCACGCAGGAGGGCCGGCGGAGCCAAGAAACAGAUGCAAGCCAACAAGUCCAAACUCCGAGCACCAAGAGCUCUGUGCUGCCUUACACUCAGCAAUCCCAUCCGCAUGGCCGCCCUAGCCCUUGUGGAGUGGAAAUAUCCUUCGUUGGCUCCCUUUGAUAUAUUCAUCUUGCUAGCCAUCAUCGCUAACUGUGUAGCCCUUGGUGUGUCACGACCUUUUCCCGAAGACGAUUCCAAUGCCACCAAUCACAAUCUGGAAAAAGUAGAAUACAUCUUUCUAGUUAUUUUCACCAUUGAAACCUUCACAAAGAUCCUGGCCUAUGGUCUGGUCAUGCACCCCAGUGCCUACAUCCGCAGCGGCUGGAACCUGCUGGAUUUCAUCAUUGUCAUUGUUGGGCUGUUUAGUGUUGUAGCAGAGAUGGGGGAACCCAAACACGGAGAUGCCCAUCAUGCAUCCGGUAAACCAGGAGGCCUGGAUGUCAAAGCUCUCAGAGCUUUCAGAGUACUCCGACCUCUGCGCUUGGUCUCUGGCGUGCCCAGUCUGCAGAUUGUGCUGAACUCCAUCAUGAAGGCUAUGGUUCCUCUGUUUCAUAUUGGUCUGCUGGUCAUGUUUGUCAUAAUCAUUUAUGCCAUUAUUGGCCUGGAGCUCUUCAUUGGCAAAAUGCACAAGACAUGCUACUUUGUCAGGACAGAACUUUACGUGGAGGAUGAUCCCACACCGUGUGCAUUUGCUGGUAAUGGCCGUUUCUGUGUGGGUAACAAUACUGAGUGUAGGGGCGCCUGGGAAGGCCCUAACGGCGGCAUCACAAACUUCGACAACAUCUUUUUCGCCAUGCUUACUGUUUUCCAGUGCAUUACUAUGGAGGGAUGGACUGAUGUUUUGUACUGGAUGAAUGAUGCGAUUGGUUUUGAGCUGCCCUGGAUUUAUUUUGUGUCCCUAGUCAUCUUUGGCUCCUUCUUUGUUCUAAAUCUUGUUUUGGGUGUUUUGAGCGGUGAGUUCUCUAAGGAAAGAGAGAAGGCCGUGUGUCGUGGUGAGCUUCAAAAGGCUCAGGAGAAACAGCAGAUGGAAGAGGAUAUGGUGGGCUACAUGGACUGGCUUAUUGAGGCUGAGGAUAUGGAUGAAGAUGGCAAUAAGCGUGCUGUGGUGGCAAAGAAAAAGAUGAUGAAGAAAUAUGGCUGGUAUAAACACAGUGAAGAUGGAGAAUCAGAUUCCGACUCAGAGUUCGAGGCUUUCCUAGACGAUGAUAAUGGCUGCUGUGCUUCUAUACAGGCCAAACUGCUGACUAUAAGCUUUUGUGAGCAGCUCUACCAUUUGAACUUAGUCCUAAGGAAGAACUGCCGCGUGGCAGUGAAGUCCACUAACUUCUACUGGCUGGUGUUGCUGCUGGUCUUCCUCAACACAACGGCGAGUGCUUCAGAGCAUUACGGCCAGCCCAAGUGGCUCACCGAUAUACAAGAACGAGCCAACAAGAUCCUGCUGGCCCUGUUCACCCUGGAGAUGCUGAUGAAGAUGUACAGCUUCGGCUUCCAGGUCUACUUCAUAGCGCUCUUUAAUCGGUUUGACUGCUUUGUGGUGUGUGGUGGGAUACUCGAGACAGUACUCGUGGAGAUGGACGUUAUCCCACCUAUUGGUAUAUCUGUGCUGCGCUGUGUCCGUCUCCUCCGCAUCUUCAAAGUUACCCGUCACUGGGCUGCUCUAUCAGAUCUCGUCAGCUCUCUGCUGAACUCGAUGAAAGCCAUUUGUUCCCUGCUGCUGCUACUUUUCCUCUUCCUCAUCAUCUUUGCCCUACUGGGCAUGCAGCUGUUUGGUGGCAAGUUCAACUUUGAUGAGACUCAGAUGAAGAGAAGCACAUUCGACACCUUUCCCUCUGCUUUGCUCACUUGUUUCCAGAUUCUUACUGGAGAGGACUGGAACUCCGUUAUGUAUGAUGGCAUCAUGGCAUACGGAGGCCCCAUUUUCCCCAACAUGAUCGUUUGUAUCUACUUCGUCAUUCUUUUUGUCUGUGGUAACUACAUCCUGUUGAAUGUCUUCUUGGCUAUUGCUGUGGAUAACUUAGCAGGAAAUGGCAAAAAGAAAAAAGAAGAAAAACCAGAAGAGGAAGAGUGGGAAGAUGAUGAAGACAGGGAUGAUGAUGAAGCUGGAAAUGAUGCAGAUGACUGGGAGGAGAGUGAAGAGCUGAGAGCAAUUGAGGGCCUUGAGGGUGCUGUGCCGAUGAAAGUGGAAAGUUUUCAGCCCAAAGAGAAAAUUGUCCCCAUACCUGAUGGGAGCUCCUUCUUCAUUCUAGGCAAGAAAAACUGCCUCAGAGUUGCUUGUCACAACCUCAUUUACAAUCCUUACUUUACCAACUUCAUCCUCCUCUUCAUCAUCCUUAGUAGUUUCUCACUGGCUGCUGAGGACCCAAUCAAAACUCAUUCGGUUCGGAACAUUAUGCUCGGCUAUGCUGAUUAUGUCUUCACCACUGUCUUCACCAUCGAGAUUAUACUGAAGAUGACCGUGUAUGGUGCGUUCCUUCAUCAAGGCUCCUUCUGCAGAAAUGCUUUCAAUCUCUUGGACCUGUUGGUCGUCAGCGUGUCUUUAACGUCCUUCUUCCUGCAGUCGAGUGCCAUCUCUGUUGUAAAGAUUCUGCGAGUACUGCGAGUGCUCAGACCUCUCCGAGCCAUCAACCGAGCAAAAGGACUCAAGAGCGUGAUCCAGUGUGUGUUUGUGGCCAUCCGCACCAUAGGCAACAUCCUCAUUGUCACCACCCUCCUGCAGUUCAUGUUUGCCUGCAUUGGAGUGCAGCUCUUCAAGGGACGUUUUUAUAGAUGCACUGAUGAGGCCAAACACACCCCAGAGGAAUGCAAAGGCACAUUUGUGGUGUAUAAGGAAGGCGAUAUGAAUCAUCCAAUGGUGAGGGAGAGGUUCUGGGUGAACAGCGAUUUUAACUUUGAUAACGUGCUGAUGGGUAUGCUGGCGCUUUUCACCGUCUCUACAUUUGAAGGCUGGCCACAGAUUUUAUAUAAAGCCAUCGAUGCUAACGCUGAGAACAGAGGCCCCAUCUACAACUGCCGUGUGGAGAUCUCAAUCUUUUUCGUCAUCUACAUCAUCAUCAUCGCCUUCUUCAUGAUGAACAUCUUUGUGGGCUUCGUCAUCAUCACGUUCCGCGAACAAGGAGAGGUCGAAUUCAAAAACUGCGAGUUGAACAAAAAUCAAAGGCAGUGUGUAUAUUAUGCUCUGAAAGCCCAACCUAUAAAGAUCUACAUACCUAAAAACCCAUCGCAGUUAAAGUUCUGGAGGAUCAUCAACUCCUCUCAGUUUGAAUAUAUCAUGUUUGUUCUCAUUCUGCUCAAUACACUUACGCUGGCUGUACAGCACUAUGAGCAGUCGAAGCGCUUCAACUCGGUCAUGGACAUCCUGAACAUGAUCUUCACCACACUCUUCACUAUUGAGAUGAUCAUCAAACUUCUCGCUCUGCGACCAUACCACUAUUUUAUAGAUGCCUGGAAUUCUUUUGACGCCUUGAUAGUGGUGGGGAGUUUGGUCGACAUCAUGAUUGCGGAGUUUAGUGGUGGUGGAGGCCAUGGAGAGGGGAAGGGGGAUGGGGAAAAUGCCAAGGUGUCUAUUACUUUCUUUCGGCUCUUCCGAGUCAUGCGAUUGGUCAAGCUGCUCAGCAAAGGGGAGGGCAUUCGUACGCUUCUAUGGACUUUCGUGAAAUCCUUACAGGCUUUGCCAUAUGUCGGCCUGCUCAUCGCUAUGAUCUUUUUCAUUUACGGUGUGAUCGGGAUGCAGACAUUUGGGAAGAUUGCUAUAGAUGACGACACAGAGAUCAAUCGCAACAACAACUUCCAGACCUUUUUCAUGGCAGUGCUCCUGCUCUUCAGAUGUGCAACAGGAGAGCAAUGGCAGGAGAUUAUGCUGGCAGCGCUGCCAGGACGAAGGUGUGACCCCGAGUCAGAUUAUGAGCCAGGGGAGGAGUACAGCUGUGGCAGCAAUCUGUCCUACCUCUAUUUCAUCAGCUUCUUUGCUCUCUGUGCUUUCCUGAUCAUUAACUUGUUCAUUGCUGUCAUCAUGGACAACUUUGAGUACCUGACCAGGGACUGGACUGUGCUGGGCACUCACCAUCUGGAUGAGUUCAAGCGGGUGUGGUCAGAUUAUGAUCCUGAAGCCACGGGAAGACUCAAGCACUUAGAGGUUGUGAACAUGCUGCGUCGAAUUCAGCCUCCUCUUGGUUUUGGAAAACUCUGUCCUCAUCGGGUGGCCUGUAGGAGGCUGGUUACUAUGAACGUGCCUCUUCAUCCUGAUGGUACUGUGUCCUUCAACGCAACCCUGUUUGCUCUUGUCAGAUCUUCACUCAAGAUUAAAACUGAAGGGCCGAUCGACAAGGAGAAUGAAGAAUUGAGAGCCAUUAUUAAAAAGAUCUGGAAGCGCACCAAGCCUAAACUCCUUGAUGAGGUUAUACCACCCCCUGCAGGAGAGGAGGUGACUGCAGGAAAGUUCUAUGCAAGUUUCCUCAUCCAGGAUUACUUCAAGAAGUACCGUAAGAGGAAGGAAAAAGAGAAAAAGAAGAAGGGCAAGGAUAAGUCAGCUUCCCUUCAGGCUGGGCUGAGAACCCUGCAGGAUUUGGCGCCUGAAAUGAGGCUGGCUAUGGAAAUGGAGGACGGCCAGGAAGAGGUGUUCGAAGGGGACAUGAUAGAAGUGGAGGAGUUCUUCAGGAGUGACAGUGUCUUCAGCGAUGCUCAUCUGUCUCCAACCAUGUCCACCCCUGCGGGCACUUCAUUGCCCCUGCAGUUAGAAGAGGUUAGCGUGAACAUCGAACCCCCUCCACAUGAUGAUACUCUGAGGCUAGAAGAGGCGCUGGAGGACUCUUGGCCGGCCUCGGCUCUCUCUGAUAACGAGGUGGUGCUUGAUCAGCCUAACAGGCUGACUCCUCUGCCCAGAAGGUGGGCCACCAGUCACUCGAAACUCGGCUCAUUGUGGGCUCUAAAUUCCAGCUCAAGACCACCCAGCACCCAGGAGUUACCACCUCCCCCUCCAGAUGAAACAAUGCAGAGUGCAGAUGGUGAAGGACAAGACGUAGGGACAGGAGGAGUAACAAGUGCUACAGAACAGAGUCAAGUCGGCGAGGAAGACACUCGGAGCACAGUGUCACAUGACAGACAGCAGCAUCUAGAAGCUCCUUCCUCAACGGAGACGGUACCUCCUCCAGUCUCCAGUGGCAAUAAUGCAGACGUGGCAUCAUUACAGCCAGACAACGUUAACAGUAAUGAUUACAAAGUUGCUGCAAAUGGCUAUAAUGGGAAAACUUACUCUACUAGUAGCUACAAUGGGAACGCUUACCAUUCAAAUGGCUGCAAUGGCAAUGUUUCAGCUACAAAUGUCUACAAUGGCAAUGGUUUGCCAACAAAUGGCUACAAUGGCAACAUUUUGCCUAAAAAUGGCUACAAUGGAAGCACAUACCCAGUAAAUGGCUACAAUGGUAAUGGUUACCACAGCAACGGUUACCAGAGCAACGGUUACUCCAGCAACGGUUACAGUGCCAGUGGAUACAGUAGCAACGGAUAUGGUGGCAACAAACAAAACAGUAAAGGAUAUGCAAUUCAAAAACGCGUCCUUCCUCCCACUCCUUCAGGACGCAGGCCAAAUUUCACAAUCCAGUGUUUGAGGAGACAAGACAGCAUUGACGACAUCCCCAUCCCCGGUACUUAUCACCAGAACUCGCCUCCCUGCAGAGCACGAGAGCAGACACAAAACAAUUAUGACUCUCGGCGCAGCAGCAUGUCCUCAGCAGCCUCGUCGUCUUCGUGGGCGAACACUCAGGCGCGGCCGGGCCGUCUGCUCUAUGCUCCCCUCGUCCUGGUGGACGAAGCAGGUGGAACUCGGACCGUUUGGAAUGACACUAAUGGCAGCACCAGCCUGCCAGGUGCAGCCCGUCCUGGGUGGCCCGCAAAUCAGGGUGUCUCUCUGUCCCAGCAGCAGCAGGCGUAUGCUACUCUGAGGGUACCGUCCCAGCAAGGCCCAGGCUACAUGGAGAAAGGAAGUGCAGACAGCCUCGUAGAGUCGAUCCUAAUAUCCGAAGGCUUGGGCCUCUACGCCAAAGAUCCGAAAUUCGUAGACUUUACUAAGCGAGAAAUUGCUGACGCAUGCAACAUGAGCCUGGAUGAGAUGGAGACUGCCGCGGCGGACUUGCUGAGUCGAGGUACACCCGGGCAGCCAAUCAGUCGCUUGGAGGAGGAUCUGUCUGACGAAAUUAACUGUGUGAUUUCAUACUGAGGGUUCUCAGUGAAAGAGGAGAAUAUUAGAAAGAUACAUACAAAGAAAGCAGUUUGGGGCAAGAAUGGGUCAACUGCAAGGUGGCAGACUUUCUCUGUGCUACUCUUACAGGUUCACAAUAAUGUACUGACCUAUGCUUUUCCAACAUAUUGAUGAUUAUAUGAUUUUAUCAUCUCUGCUUAGAUGUGAGAAGGAAAGCCUUUGACUGAUUUUCAACUAUGAAUGCACAAGUGCACAGUAUUACAUAAAUAAUGAUUUACCUGACAAUAUGGCACAAUACAAUCUAACAUAUGUUAGAAAACAUAGCUUAUACACUGACCAAUACCGGAUCUGCUGACAAUAUGCUUAGCAAAGGUUCUGCUAUUACAGCUCUUUGUAAUCCUGAUGACCCAUCAGUAUUUACCUUUAUUCUGCUUAUAUUCUAUGUUACAAGGAUUUGUGUCUAUUCUAUUAGGAAUGAAUGCCCAGGAAAGUAGUAUUAGACUUUUAUUGAAACGAUAAAUAGUAAUAGAUAUAGUAAUAGUUUAAUUGGUAAUAGAUUAAAAUGUCUCAUUCUUUAUAAAUGUCUCUUUUAUUUGCCAGUAUAAGUUAUAGUUUUUGUUAUUAGCUCUGUUAUUAUGCUGAAA